GUGCUAUAAAAAGUGAGGGUUCUGCAGCAUCACCGAGUUGCUGCAGUGCAGGAAAGCUCAGUCAUCCACACCGAUGGUGUGCAGAACAAGGGGGACUUAAAACAAUCUUCUGAAACUAAAACAUCCAUUUCAGUUUCAUUCAGAAAAUCCACAAAAAAGCCAUCAUGAGCCACGACGCCAUCUUCCACCGCCGACCUAGGGAUAACUACAGAGAGCCCCGACUCCACUUGAAAGCAUCCCAGUCCUCUUGGCUCUACUCCUUACAUCCAGCUCCGGAAUCGGAGAGGAGGGCAUUGAAGCUGGUCUCCUCUUCCACUCCAGGAGCUCACCAAAGGAUGGACCUGGGUCAGGCCAGCUCUCUCAACUCGCAGCUGCUCGGUCUGCGCUCACAGGAGAGGGAGCAGCUGGUGGACCUUAACGACCGCUUCGCCACCUACAUUGAGAAGGUCAGGCAUCUGGAGCUGCAGAACCGAGCCCUGCUGGCCGAGCUGGAGGGUCUGCGCAGGCGGCAGAACCAUCCGUCCCGCCUGCAGGCGCUUUACAAGGGGGAGGUGCGCACUUUGAGGGCAAUGAUCGAGUCUGAGAAUGAAGACAAGGCACAGAUGGAAACGGAGAGGGGCUACCUGCAUGACGUGCGCAAGCAGAUGAAGAUGCGCUUCGAGGAGGAGGUUCAGAGACGUGUGGACGCUGAGGAGGUGCUGCGGCGCCUGAGGGAGGAGGCGGACCGGGCUGCGCUCUCCAACUGUGACGCCGAGGCCACUGUGGCCUCCUUGUGUGACGAGAUAUCCUUCCUGAGGAAAGUCUUUGCCGAGGAGCACACGGAGCUGGAGGCCCAGCUCCAGGUGGUCAACAUCAGAGUGGAGGAGGUGCAGGUGGCCCGACCUGACCUAUCGGUGGCGCUGCGGGACAUCCGGGCCCAGUACGAGCGGCUGGCCGGCAAGAACAUGCAGGCCGCAGAGGACUGGUACAGGAGCAAGUGCGCCAGCGUGGCGGAGGUGGCCAGCAAGAACAACGAGGCGGCGCACGCCAUCCGCGAGGAGACUUUGGACUACCGCAGACGGCUCCUGUCCCGCUCCUCCGAGAUCGAGGCUCUCCGAAACGUCAUCGACUCCCUGAACAAUCAGCUGGCGGAGCUGGAGGAGACGCAGGUGAAGGAGGUGGAGAAGUACCAGCUGAGGAUCAAUGAAUUGGAGAGAGACAUCCAUGAAGCCAAGCAGGAGAUGGGGCGCUACCUAAAAGACUACCAAGACCUUCUCAAUGUCAAGAUGGCUCUGGACAUUGAAAUAGCCGCAUACAGAAAACUCCUGGAAGGGGAGGAGAUGCGGCUGUCGUAUCCCUACCUCCCUAGCAUACAGUAAACAUGCAAGCAUGAACAAGCAUCCAUCUCGCAGACAUCAUCAAAAGGUCAACCAUGUCAAGACAGACGCGCCCUUGUGCCAAAACAAGAGGUCCACCACAAGUCCCCCUUCUUCUCCACACAGUGUGACUAAAACAACACGAUACAGAAUGGCUGCACGACAUCAAGCACCAUUGUUGUUAUUCACGCUAAAGUCCAAGCAACGCAGCUGAUUGAAGCUCUUUGUGCAAACACUUGACCAUUUGUUUGUAAAAGGGCAUGAGUGCUCACUUGACGCUUGAAUUUUCAAUGUAUGGUAAAAACAUCUGCAGCUUCCCAGUAGGCAACCUAUGCAUUUAUUUUUAUUGCUAUGACAUUUGAGACUCUUUUUGUUUAUCUUCUAUCUAAUUGAUUGAUACCAUUGAUUAUGACCUAGUGCCUCUGAGCUUGUUUGAGUCAGAUUGUUUCUGUUUAGGGAAUUCAUGCUAAGCUUUGUGAAACUGAAGGAGCACACUGUUACACCUGGCGUAACUGUAACCGCUAGCAACAAGCCCAAUAAACAAAUACCCGACCUCCAA